AUGGACUCAGAUGAUCGUACCUUUACUGAAUCCCUUGGUUCCCAGUUACCACCAGAGAUUGUCGAUCUCAUUAUCAGAUUCGCUGUACCCGAACUUGAUCCACAUUCACUCUCCUCCGUGGCGCUUACAUCACAGCACCAUCGAGUACUGGCAAACACUCAAAGAUUCUCUUCUAUCUCCUUUAUAUGCUUUGAAGAAGGAAGACACAACCGGAAGGAGGAGAAACGUAUCGUAAGGCUUUCGAGGCUUAUGCAGAGAGGUGGGCGACCACUGAACAUGCGGGCAACACGCACCUUCAUUACAUCGCUUAGCUUGAGAGAGAGGGGAGGACACAGUUUUGCUUUCUUCAGGAAUGCGGAUGCUUUAUGUGUCAUUUUUGAUAACCUCUUCAGGGAUCCUGCGAUACUGGAUGCACCCAAACGUAUUCUAUCGAUUGACAUCGGACGCGACCAGAAAUUGAGCAAUUGGAAUGGCCCUCUGCUUCAAUCCCUACUUUCACUUCUCAGAACAUCUUAUCUUAACGAACUUCACCUCUUGAAAGGAGGUGGCCUACCAGUCGACCUUGUUCUUGGCUCCAAUGUUGAGCAUCUACGUUUCGGAUCAUGGGCGCAGUUCGGGAACCGUCUUCCCAAGGGAAGCGCUCGUCCGGUGACUUUGAAAUCUCUGUGGAUAGAGUUCUGGGCGGGAUAUGAUCUCGAGGUAUAUAUCAAAUUUAUUUGUGGUAAAAAAGAAGCACCGCCUACAAUAUUCUCGUGCUUAACCACUCUCACUGUAUUCUAUGCGUCAAAUGAGCUCAUCGCUACGAUUUUGGGCAUGACGAAGUGUCUGGAGACGUUGACGGUCGGGGUCCAUUUUUCUAAAAAGGGCGUUGACGACGAGCCAUUUAUUCCAUACCAUUCAUUACCAUUCCUCAAGAACCUCCACAUAAAGUGUCGCUACGACACAGUCUACAGUAUAACCCAAGAAUCCGUGCCAAUCAAGAUGCUCGGCGGCUUUACACCCCCACCACUGCUCGAAUCACUCACUGUAUCCAUUAUCUCAACGAUCCAACAUUACGAUAUGUGGGAAUAUCCGAUGUUUGAACAAGUGCGUUUGUUUACCCCGUGGCGGAGGAAUGUCUGGGAUGAGCAUUUGGCUGCGUUGCCGCUGAGGAGCACGACGAAGGUAGAUGUCGAAGUCGAGAUGUGCAGUUUGAUGGGAACGUCCAGCAACCCGGACCCGCCUCGUUGGAAGGAACAGUUAGAUGCUUAUUUCAAGGCUGCUUUCCCAUUAUGUGCGGAUGUGCACCACAAAUUUCGGGUUUUCUUUCAUGGAUCUAAUUAUCCCUGGCGUACGGUUGGCGAGACAGCUCAGGUCUAA